CCUGAGAGCAAGGGGCGGAGCUAGAACUUCAGUACCGGAGGAACUGACUGACUGGGUAACUAAUAGGAGCCGCCGGGAGAGAAAGUGACAGUGUGGCUGGAGAAACGGUAGCAGCGCACAGACGGGUCGCAUUCAGCACUCAGGUAAUACCCAUCAAUAAAUAUGGACACAGAAAGCAAUGAAGACACCAAAGCCGUUUACAGUUGCUCCUAUCCCCCCGGUACUAUAUAUUUGGAAGAAAAGGAGAAAAAGCCCAUAAGGCUAAAGAGGCGCCUAGCUGAGAAAAUAAGGAAGACGUGCUGCUGCUCUUCUGGGAGAGCCAAGGAGUUGCUGCUCAGCUUCUUCCCUGUGCUACAAUGGCUGCCCUCCUACAAUCUGAAAGAAUACCUCCUGGGGGACAUGAUGUCUGGACUUAUUGUGGCAAUACUUUUGGUGCCGCAGUCAAUCGCCUAUUCUCUUUUAGCAGGACAGGAGCCAAUCUUUGGCCUUUACACUUCAUUUUUUGCUUGCAUUAUUUAUUUCCUUAUGGGAACCUCUAGACAUAUCCAUGUUGGGAUAUUUGGAGUGCUGUGCUUGAUGGUGGGUGAGGUGGUGGAUAGAGAACUGCAAGUUGCUGGAUAUGACAGUCUGGACAGCCACAAAGGGCAGAUGGCAGUGCUCGAUGCACUACAUGAAAAUAGCACACACAGCCCAUUUGAUCACAAUCAUACAGUGGCCAUGACCUGUGACAGAAGCUGUUAUGCCAUCACAGUUGGAGCCACUGUUACUUUUAUGGCUGGAGUCUAUCAGCUUGCAAUGGGGUUUCUUCAGGUUGGUUUUGUUUCAGUGUACCUUUCUGAUUCGUUACUCAGUGGAUUUGCAACAGGAGCAUCUUUCACCAUUCUAACUUCACAAGUGAAAUACCUCUUAGGUAUAAGUAUACCUCGCGCCAAUGGGAUUGGCUCAUUGAUCUACACCUGGAUUUACAUCUUCCAAAACAUUCACCUGACCAAUAUUUGUGAUCUGGUCACCAGCAUUCUGUGCCUUCUUGUUCUCAUUCCAGCCAAAGAACUCAAUGAGUGCUAUAAAUCUAAACUCAAAGCUCCAAUUCCCAUUGAACUACUCGUAGUUGUGGCUGCAACACUUGCAUCACAUUUUGGGCACCUGAAAGAAAAUUAUGGCUCCAGUAUAGCGGGAACUAUACCUACUGGGUUUUUAAUGCCAAAAUCACCAGACUGGAGCUUAAUUCCCAGCAUUGCUUUACCUGCUUUAUCUAUCGCUAUUAUUGGGUUUGCAAUCACAGUCUCUCUGUCCGAGAUGUUUGCCAAGAAACAUGGGUACGAGGUUAAGGCCAAUCAGGAGAUGUAUGCCAUUGGAUUUUGCAACAUCAUUCCAGCCUUUUUUCACUGCUUCACAACAAGUGCAGCUCUAGCAAAAACACUUGUGAAAGAGUCCACAGGGUGCAAAACCCAGGUUUCAGGCAUCAUGACAUCCUUGGUACUGUUACUGGUACUUCUGGUAAUUGCACCUCUGUUUUUUUCACUACAAAAAUGCGUCCUUGGGGUUAUAACCAUCGUGAAUUUAAGAGGCGCACUUAGAAAGUUUCUGGAUUUACCCAAAAUGUGGAAGGUUAACAAAGUCGAUACAACUAUCUGGUUAGUUACCAUGUUUUCUUCAGCUUUGAUCAGCACUGAGCUUGGUCUGCUGAUAGGUAUUGCAUUUUCCAUGUUUUGUGUCAUCGUAAGAUCUCAGAAGCCUGUGUCAACUCUGCUUGGUCAGGUGGACAAUACAGAGGUCUAUGAAUCAAUGAAUGCCUACAAAAACCUUAACAUCCCACAAGGCAUCAAAAUUUUUCAUUUUGAAGCCCCUAUAUAUUAUGUAAACAAGCAGCACUUUAAGAUGACCUUGUACAAAUACUCUGGUGUUGACCCAGUGUCAGUGGCAACAGCUAAAAGAAAGAAGGCUAAGAAGAUAGAGAAAUUAAACAGACAAGAUGGCAGCAUGGAAAUAAAAACUACAGAAUGUCUCUACAAAGAGCAACAACCAGUGCAUACCCUGAUCAUUGACUGUGGCGCCAUUCAGUUCAUAGACACAGCCGGAAUGAACACCUUGAAAGAGGUUCUGAAAGACUACAGUGAUAUUGGUAUUCAGCUGUUGCUUGCUCAGUGCAAUGUAACAGUAAAAAAUUCCCUUCGCAAUGGGGACUUCUUUAAAAGGGAAGAAAAUACUGUGAUGUUCCACAGUGUCCACCAAGCUGUCCAAUUUGCACUUUAUGUCCAACAGCAAAGCGAUGCCCAUUUAAAUGGCUCUGCUGUAUAGCUAAGUUAUAAGUAAUGUUGUGCAUAUUUGCAGAGAUCUAGUCAAACAAUCCAGAAAAUGUGUUUUAGGGGUUCUUGGCUAAAUGGCGAUUUGUGGAAUAUGUGGGUGAAAAAGUGUUUCUGUCAUACAGAACAUUCCAAAAAAGAGCUAAACCUCCCAGGGUUGUAACUGUCGCAAAUCUCAGUGGACAUUCCCGUCCGCUUUUCUCUUUUUGCUAUAUGUUUGUGGGAAAUUAGAGUGGAAGCUACUGACUGGGGCAAAAUAAGGAGUAGGGUAUUGACUGUAGAAUGGGUGCUUAUAAUGAGUGUCUCUGGUUUCAUUUUACCUAUAAAAGUAGUAAUUAUAAGCAUACAAUAUGUGCCUUAUACGUAUAAUUAAAAAGUCUUAUUUUCCCUUUGUGAUUCUGGGCAUCAGUAAUACAAAUGUGCUAAUUUUGCAUUACCUUAGAAUUGUGUUAAUAGUUUUAGAGGAUUGUAGGCUUAUUCAUUUGGGGAAAAAAAGCAUCUGAAUAGCCAUAUUAAAAGCUGCAGUUACAGAACAGCUGGCAAACAGCAGGUUUCUGUAAUUCUGCCUAUAUUUGCACCAAAUCUGAAAUUUUCCAUUGUUUCCCUGAGAAAUUUUAGGAAAGAAGCCAGAAAUGAUUCCCUUAUCUUUACAUAAUUAUAUGUAUCCUAGUCUAAUGCAAAGCUAUUAGCUCUGAAGUCUGCAUUAGUGCAAUUCUUCUGUCUCAAACAGAAUGGGAAUAUAUGGAAGACGGCAGAAUAUAAUCAGAUUUACGCCAGUGCAUACAAGUCAGCAAUGACGUCACAUGAAGGAAAAAAGAACAGAGUUUUGCCAGGGUGUUUUUUUUAAUAGAAUAGUGCACAUAAAAUCAUAUUUCUUGGCUUUUUGAAUAAUAAUUUUAUCCUUAGUACUGUGCACAGCAGAAAUUUAGAGCAUUAAUAUUUUUGUAUUCAUUGUUUGCAUGAUACUAUUAGAAUACAUAUAAGGGGAGAUUUAUCAUCAUUUGGAUUUUCUCAGGUAUGUCAUGGGGAAUUUGUAAGCUUCUUUGCUGUUAGUCUCUUGAGAGAAAUGAAGGGACAAACCCUGAAACAUCCAUUGGUUUGAAUGGAUUUCUGUAGCUUUAAGCUGACAUAUUUUAUGGUUGAAAAAUUGUCAGGAAAAAUUGCUGAAUAUAAAAAAAAAAUCUCAUUCAGCAGCAGACCUUGAUCUUUGAUAAAUCAGUCCCUUAAAUGUAUUUGGUUGCUUGGGUCAAUGUUCUUUAUAUUAAUCUUGCACUGGUGCUCUUCUAAAUUCCAUAUGGGCACCUCAGGGAGACCCUGACAUGAUAGUUAUUGCAGAUUUCUAUACCUGUGUCUGUGUGUAUAUACAUGAAGCAGAAUUUUUAUAAUAGCCUUUAUUCCGAGUGCAAUACUUUUUUGUAACUGUGCCUGUUGAACGAGACAUCCUAUCAUUCUUAAAGGACAUGUAAUGCCUGCAUUUGCCUACAAUGUAUAACAGUUGGGCACGUCUCCCCCACCCAAAUGACA